AUGAGGUCGACGACAAUAGCAUCCUCCCUCGCCGUCCUGGCCUCCCUCGUCAGAGCGGCCGACCCCGUCUGGCCCCAGGACUCUGACUUUUUUGAAGACCUCCUAGCCAUGCAGGGCGGCUACAGACGCUUCGGCUUCACGGACCUCGUCGUUCCUUGCAGCCACAACUCAAACAUUCCUGGCAAGCAGGUGGCGGCCGAGUGGCUGAGGACCGCGUUCCACGACGUCGCGACCCACGACAAGGCCGCCGGCACCGGAGGACUCGACGCCAGCAUCUUUUACGAGGUCGCAAGGUCCGAGAACGCCGGCGCGGCCUUCAACUCGACCUUUAACGACCUCGGAGAGUUCCACUCCGCUCACGUCAGCGCCGCUGACCUCGUCGCGCUCGGCGUCGUGGCUGCGACGGCCUCCUGCGGUGGCAAGACCAUCCCCUUCCGGACCGGCCGCGUCGAUGCCACCGAGGCGGGACCGGCCGGCGUGCCCGAACAAGACCACGACCUCAAGAGGACGCAGGACGCCUUUGCCCGCAUGGGCUUCUCCAACGAGGACAUGAUCACCCUGGUCGCGUGCGGGCACACCAUCGGCAGCGUCCACGGCGACACGAACCCGGACCUCGUCGCAGGAGUCGGCCUGGACCCGCACGCACCGGCCAGCAUAGCGACCUUUGACAGCACUCCGGGCCAGUUCGACACGGUCGUCGUGACCGAGUACCUCGAGAGCGACGGCAAGAACCCGCUCGUCUUCGGCACCAACCAGACGACGAACUCGGACGCGCGCGUCUUCGCCUCGGACGGCAACGCCACCAUGCGCGCGCUCGCCGACCCCCAGACCUUCCAGGAGCGGUGCGCCGACGCCUUUGCCCGCAUGAUCGACACGGUCCCCGCCGGCGUGCGGCUCGGCGAGCCCGUCCGGCUCUACGACGUCAAGCCGUACAUUGAACGCCUGGAGCCGCUGGCCGGCGGCAAGGUCGCUCUCGAGGGCAGCGUGCGCGUGCGCACCACGGCCGGCACGGGCCGCGACUCGCAGGGCAUCGACAUUGCGCUCAACGUGCUAGGCGGCGGCGGCGGCGGCGGCGGCAGCAGCAACUCGAGCACGCGCGUCGACGCUUCGAGGGCGCGGCUGCGGGGCGGGGACUCUUUUGGCUUCCUGGGCGAGACCUUUUCGUGGUGGGAGUUUUCGGCGCAGAUGGACGCGUCGGCCGCCGCCAUCGACGGCUUCACCAUCGAGAUGAAGACCACCGCCACGGGACAGGUGCAGAAGCUCGACAACUCCGGGGCGGGCAGGUAUCCGCUCAGCGACGAGCUCAUGUAUGUCGGUUCCCAGUCGUGCCUCGUGCUGACGCCCGACGCCGACGACAGGUUUCCCGUGACGAUCCGGGCCGCGGUGCGGGAGGAGCUGGCGACGCAGGGCGCGGUGCCCGUCUUGGAGGUCGGGCACAAGGUGUACACGCUGGGCCUGGCGAUUCCCAAGAUCGUCAUCCGCAAGACGCCCAUGACCAAGGUGGAGGGGCAGGCACAAGGAGGCCAUGUGCUGUUCGAGGCCAAGGACGCCCUGGAGCAGCGUGGCUGGUCGACCACCUUUGACCUGUCGCUGGAGAAACCGUCGGGUCAGAAGGUUGUUGUGCUGUCGCGCAAGACCAAUUCUCUGUCGAAUAGCUGUGCAAACUAG